UCUAUGGGUCUCUAUGGGGCUCUAUGGGUCUCUAUGGGUCCCAAUGUCUCUCUAUGGGUCUCUAUGGGACCUUCGCUGCCCCACAGGCCCCAAUGGGCUGGAGGCCACACGAAGAGCAGUGGCCAAGCAGGGAUGGGACUACAGAUGGCAGCGGGUGCCCCAUAGGGCGCUGACGUCACCCCCCCUGCCGGGUGACACGUCCCUCAUGACCUACCGCGGUCACGUGGUCCUCAACACCCUCCUGCGCUGCCGCCUGGCCCCGCCCCCCGGCCCCGGAGCCGGCCAAUACCUGAGCGCGGCCUGUGCCACGGGAGCUGUGAUUGUCUAUGACGUGCUGACCGGGAGGCCCGUGCGGCGCCUGACCAAUCACAGCGGCUGCGUCCGUGACGUCAGCUGGCACCCGGAGGGGGGGGCGCUGGCCAGUGCCUCGGUGGGCGGGGCUAAGGGGGCCUAUGGGCUUCUAUAG